CAAUGGCUUCAAAAUAUGUGCUCUUUUUGUCCUUUUUUCUUCUAAAUACCAACAGUGUUCCAUCAGUGUUGGGCAAGGAGGUCCUAUACGAGGCCGCAGCUGUAACUGUACCAUUACCAAGUCCAGUUUAUAAGAAACCAACCCCUGCUCAGCCACUAAAGGCUCCACCACCACCACCUCCUCCACCAACCAGGGCAUCACCACAGCCGCCUCCACCGGUCAAACCACCAAGAAAUAGACAAGAGUGCAUUCCCCUGUGCCUAGUUCGAUGCAAGCUGCAUUCCCGGAAGAAAUAUUGCCUUCGAGCAUGCAUGACAUGCUGCGAACGGUGCAAAUGUGUACCUCCAGGACAAUAUGGCAACAAAGAGAAAUGUGGCAAAUGUUACUCUGAUAUGACUACUCGUGGUGGCAAGCUCAAGUGUCCCUGAACGAGGAUGAUAUUUCUUAGUGCUUAUUCCUACGAAUAGAUUUUACUUACGUGAACAAAACGUGUAACUUCGAACACUAGAAAAUAAAUAAAUAAAUAGCUAGUGAUGGAAAUUAGUAUUGAAGUGCAGUAAUUACAAGUUUA